AUGCCCCCAAACAACGAUACACAAUCAACGGGCACUACAUGCAAUGGAAUCGGUUGGUAUCCAGCCUACGUAAUAAAUGCUACCAACGUUGAAGCCGUUCAAGCUGGGGCCAUGAUUUCCUUGGGCGGUGAGAAUGUCAGAUUGGUAUUUGACUUUACGCCAGAAGGCUGUGCUGUUAGCAUGAAAGGUCAGAACGCUGUUACCAUAUCGCCUGGGAUGCAAUGGCAAGAUAUGUACCGUUUUGCGGACGAGCCCAACAGUAUCAUAGUUGGAGGUGGUGCUAGUACCGUCGGUUGCAUAGGUGGUUUCCUUCAAGGCGGAGGGCAUUCCCCUCUAAGUUCUAUUUAUGGCCUAGCUGUGGACCAAGUACUCGAGAUGAAAGUCGUAUUACCCAGUGGCGAAUACAUUACAGCAAAUGACUACCAAAACCAGGAUAUAUACUGGGCUCUCGGAGGGGUACAGCCCCGAAACCCAUCUCUACCCAACUGGAGACAGUUGUUCAGGCUAACUCAAUACGAAAGGGAGGGCCAAGUACCUUCGGUGUUGUUACAUCAGCUACCGUAA